UUUAAUACUUCAAAACUAGAGCAAGAAAAAUUGGUUAAAAAGUGUAACGGAAAAAAAAAAAAAAUCCCCAAAUCCAAACAGAAAGGGCUUCACCAAAAUUGCUUGAAAUUGUCAAUCUUCAACACAUCUUAACCGUUUGAAUCAAUCAGAGCUUCUGAUCAUCUUUCUCGUUCAUCAAUGACGUCUUUUACAGUGAGAAGUUGGUGUUUUGUAAGCUAUUGGAGCAUAUGAACUGGUUAGUGUCUUCUGGAAUCCGUGAUUCAGAUGUGUUAUCUGCGCGUGUUAGUGAUUAGAGACUUUUGCAGGUAAAUUGGGAGACACAUUCUUGUGUCUUAUUGUUUUGUUGACGAGUUACAGCCGAUCCUGAAGCUUGGUUUUAAAGAAAAGGUAUAAAAUGGCUGAAGGGAUUGAGCAUGUAGAACUUAAAUUCAGAAUAUACGAUGGAACAGAUAUAAGCCAUGGCAGCUAUGCAUCUUCAACUACUGUAACUGCUCUUAAGCAAAAGCUUGUUUCUGAGUGGCCUCAAGGUAAAUCUGUAGUACCCAAAACAAUGAAUGACAUGAAACUCAUACAUCUGGGAAAAGUUUUGGAAAAUAAUAAGACAUUAUCAGAAUGCGGGGUACGUGACGGUGCGUUUGCAGGUGGAGUAAUCACAAUGCAUGUUGUUAUUCAACCCGCUAUUGCCAAAAUUAAGUCAGCCAAAAAACAAGAUGAGACGGGAAAGCUGAAUACAUGUGGAUGCACGAUUUUAUAGUUCUGUUACCGCCCCGGAUAUGAUCAUGGGUAGUACUUUGAUGUCUCAGAAGGUCUCUUGUUGGAUAUUAAUAUUCUUUCGGACCGGUCAUCUAUGUUCUAAAAUGGUGUAUGAACCUGAAAGGUUUGUUACGACUUUUGCUCUUGUACUCGUUUUCUGGUUUUUGUAUAUUGAUAUUGUUUUUUAACAUCCGGACUUGAAAAUGUAUCGAACGUAUUAUCGGGUAUAAUUUUGAUAAAUAUGUUUGAGCUUGGAA